CUGAACUAAAAGCUUGCAGCGCCUGUGCCAAACUCCCUCAGCUUUGCCUGUGGUGACUGAGGGGGAAUAUCUUCACCCAACCUGUGCCUCCCGUGUUGGCGACAUGAGCUCCCCGGAUGAGGUGUCAGCCCCUGAAGUCAGUGGUGACAAGGAUGCUCCUUCUACCGGUGACGUGAAUUCCCAGGAUCUGGUGUCUGCUCCUGAAGCUGAGUUGGGCCAGGAGUGCAGGGAGCACUUAGCACACACCCUGAGCAGCCCCAGAGUUCCAGAGGGUGUAAGCCUCCUCCAAGGUCCUCUGGAGAUUGGAGGGGGUGAGGGCAGCCUCCCAGGUAUUGAAAGCUGUGAGUUGGAGUCUGGGCCUAAGUUGGAAGCAACAAAAGUAGAAGAAGGGGUGCUCAGGGACCCAGCAGGCCAGACCAGUUCUGCCAUGGCACAAGAAGAGGUCGGAGAGAUCGGCGCGAGCUUCUUGCCCCAGCUCAGUAUUGAGGCUAUGACUAUAUUGAGAGAGCUGACCAACCUACAGGUCCGAAAAUUCUUCAGGUACCCGUCCCCACAAACCUGUGCCGCCGAACUGACUGCCCUUUGGGGAAGUAUAGAUGAAGGCUCCAACACAGGUGCACUGUCCCUGAGUUCUGUAGAAGGGAAACAGGUCUCUGCAGGCUCACUGCACUCCAGAGGUCUGGGGCGAAGCAGAGCCGCGGUGACCCCGAGAAGAGGCACCACAAAUAGGAUGGUGAGCAGUGAAGGAGUCCAGUAUUCCCCCUCAAACUCUGAGUCUUCUGAUGAGUCCACUGAGACACAGAUGAUGAGAGUAACCAUUAGCUACAAAGAAGGAGGCCAGGCCAAGUCCAGUGGCCUCACUGAGCUGGAAGACACAGCCAGACACGCAAACGUCCAAGGCAGGGGAAGUUUCGUCCAUGUGCCCCCCUCUGUACUGUGCAGUACUCCCCGGGGGCUCAGCUCAGGCAUGGAAAAGCAGGCUCCAGGAGUGCUGGAAGGCUCUCUGUGUAAGAAAAAGCAGACCGUGGUCUGGAGCAAAGAAGGGAGCAGAACGGGCUACCCAGGAGCUUCUGCCGCCUCUGCCUCUGCUGCUGCCCCUGCUGCUUCAGGAGCCUUGCCCAAGACCAGUCCUAGAAAGAAGACAGCUCAGGAGAAGAAGCCAGAUGCCUCAAGAGGACCCCUGGGAAGAACCUUCCCACCAUGGGGGCAGAGACUCAAGUCAGCUCCUGUAGGGCAAGCUACCCUGCCCCCAAUCUCCGGGGUUGCCCUGCUAGGGAAGACCAGCAAAUGCUCACUGCCUUCGGGGCCCAAAGAGUGCAAGCCCUUCUGCACUGGGAAGAGAUCCAUGGCAAGGAAGACAAAGGAAUCCCAGCCAGGGGACAAAGAAGAUAAUGACCAAACCAGAGAUCCUGGCCUGCAAGCCCAACUUCCAACACACAGGGCAGAGCCACCUUGCUCGUAUCGUGGAGACGUGACCAGUGGAGACCCCAACUUGAGAGCACCCCAAGUUCCAGGAAACUCCCAGCUCGUGGCCCUGAGUCAGAGAAGUGCCAGACCCAGAGCACCUGCACCGGCUGGAGAUGAGGAUCCACCUUUGAGUCCUUUAUUUCCUGUUGGAGACAGUCAGCCAGCAUUACAAGGCACACCAGGCUGUCCUCAGUGUCUGAUAUUGCAGAAGGAAAUAGAGGAGCUCAAGGAACAACUAGCCAUCAUGCAGGCCCUCAACGAAAAGUUCCAGGAUCAUUGACAUCAGUGUUGUGCAGUCCACAGGACCUUUGAAGUUGGAGCCAGCAUCCCUGCAGAAGAGGCCUGGCUGCCACCCAGGGAUCCCGCUUCCUCGCACUAACCCUACAGCAGUGGUUCUCAGCCUUCCUAAUGCUGCCACCCUUUACUGCAAUCCCUCGUGCUGAUGUGACCCCCAGCCAUACAGUUACUUCCUUGCUACUUCAUACCUGUAAAUGGGAUACUGUCGUGAAUUUCAUGUAACUAUCCCACGCGCUGAGAACCUCUGCUCUCCAACCAGAGCCGACUUUGUGCCCCUGAUGUGCCCCCUGCCUAACUACCCUGAUGACAGCUGUUGCACAUUAAGUGGUCUUGUCUUAUGUCCCUCCGUUUCUCUCUCGGUGGGGUGAUGAGGUCCAGCAACAGGGUGGAAACUGUUCCUCUCCCACCCCCUAGAACAUUAGUCCCCAUUUACACUCUGCUCUAUCUCCCCAAAUGCAGUUCUGGUGCAUGAGAUUUGAAAAAGUAAAUAAAGUACU